AUGGCGCCCAGCUGGCCUGAAGAAGUUGAUGUUUUCUCGGUUCCCCACUCCAGAAUGAAGAAACUCGUACAUAAAUAUAGUAAUAUGAUAACGACUACCGACUUUCGGGAUGAGGUAGAUCUGACAACACUGCUGAAGAAUCUCAUGAAUGUGUUCACUGAAUUCAAGGCCCAUGAGCAGAUAGAGAACAUAUUGAUCAUGAGGAAGCUGAAGAACAAGCUGAAAGCCGCCUCAGUGACCAGUGCCGCCGUCUGUAACUGCCACAGUGACAACAGACUGACCGACAUGUUGGACCUCGUGGUGGAUGGCUACAGGUGGGCUCAUAAAACAGAGCAAGAACGGCAGGUGUACGGGAACAAGUUAAUGAAUGCUUUAGAUAUCUUCACCCAGAACUUCAUACCUCACAUGGAAGAGGAAGAGGAGGUGUUCCAGCCAAUGCUGAUGCAGUACUUCAGCUAUGAGGAGCUGAAGGAUUUGAAAGCUAAAGUCAUCUACCAGCAUUAUAUUUCUAAGAAACAUGAAGAGUACCACCACGAGAAGUUUGUGGAGGAUCUAUUCAAAUCUGAGGAUCAGUUGGAACUCACAGAAUGCCACUUCUCAAAGUUGCCUGAUGAGACAUGCUUGCAGAUUUUCUCAUUCCUGGGGCCCAGAGAUCUUCUCAGACUGGGCCAGGUGUCACAGAGUUUCCUUCAACUGUCCAGAGACCCAUCGCUGUGGUCACAGCUACACCCAGUUCACUGGUCAAGAGGUAACUGGAGCUUCAGCCCAGAGUCCAUAGGGGGUGUGGAGGGUCUAGGCUUUCCGUUGUCAAACAUCCAUGAGGAGGAUGAACAGGAGGCAUGUGUUUGUGUGGAUGAGGAUGCAGACAUUGAUGAAUCAGAGGACAGCGACACAGCAGAGAAUGUGGAGGCAGAAGGCCAGAAGCAGAUUCUUAAAGAAGUCAGGAUGUUAACCGCCAUUGUGAAGUACUUACUGCCUCAAGUGGGGUCGGGGGUUAAAGUGUGUGACCUUGCCUAUAGCAGAGGCUUGAGUAGCAGCUUGGUUCAUCGAAUACUGAAGCUGUGCCCAGAGCUGGAGUUCUUAGAUCUGACUCACACCAAUGUUGGGGACAUUGCUUUCAAGGAAUUUGGGGCUAGUGGGCGACCAUUCAAGCUGCGACAUUUAGAUCUGACUGGCUGUGAAAAUAUCACUGAUAUGACACUUGUCAGCUUGGCUUCCAUUGGCAGGAAGCCCUUAGACCUCAACAAGAAGAAUGAUGGGAGUGUGGAGAUAGAAAAUGUCCCGCUGCCUUGCAACGAAAAAUUGAAGAUCUGUUGUACAAAAAGAAUUGCACGUGUGGCUCAUGCGUCGGAUACAUCUGUGGAUCAGCUUACCAAGGACGAGAACUGUGAUCGCACAGCUGUGGUUGUCUGUGAUGUUACUUCAGGUGUGUCUCAUGAUCUGAUGUCAGAAACGAAUGAUUGUUUACUGCAGCAAAGAAACGUUGGUUCUAGAUGUUGUGCAGGCAGCUUUCAUGUGGAUCAUCAUCCACAGACUUCUCUUGUGAACUUUGUAUAUAACAACAUUCAUAUGAAAUCGGAUGGAACUAUCUCCUCGUCGAGCAUCAACUCAUUGUUUGAUGCAUCUGUAAACUCCUGUCCAUCUGCACAACCCUUCUGUGAUAAUGUCGCUUCAUCGGCAGAUCCUUUGUUGAAAAGAUGUGAUUCUUCUAGCUGCCAAAGGACUUGUGUUGGCGAAACUUGGAAGAGUGUGAAGACCUUCAGUGAGGAACAGUGUGGUGAAGAAUCUCCCUGUGUUGCAGCAGAUGAGCAGUCUGUGCCCCAGCCAUUGCUGGACUGUGUGGGUCGAAGCCGCAGUGUUUCUGCAACCUGUUCUAAUGCAAACCACAAAGGGCCUGAUGAUAGUGGCCAUGCUGAAGACAGGGGCUGCAGUCUGGAAUACUUGAGCCUUAAUGGUUGCUACAGAAUCUCUGAUGUGGGACUAAGUGCCCUGGCCGAAGGGGAGGGAACUCCACAUCUGCAUCACCUGGACUUGUCAGGCUGUGUGGCCGUGACCGCUCUGGGUUUGUCGCGACUGGUUUCUAGUAGCCAUUGCCUGGACCAUGCUAACCUCUUCUAUUGUGACAACAUGAGUGAUGACCCCUAUUUCUCCACGGCCAGCGGAUGCCGAAACCUGCAGUGUGAGACCCGUUUCUGUUGCAGCAUCCGGGAGUGA